AUGUGGCAGAAGGUACGCUCCAUUUGGGCUACGCUGUACGAGUUGUACUAUGAGGAUUUUGACUGGUUCCAUCUUGGCGGUGACGAUAUGUGGGUUCUGGUCGAGAAUUUGCGUAUGUAUUUGGAAAGUGACGAGAUUCAAGCCGCUGCCAACGGAGGCUUUUCCGACACGUUACCACUAGGGGUGCAAUCGGGCAACAAUAACAGUACUCGGAUACAACCAGACCAGGUGCCCUUGUAUCUGGGGAGCCGUCUUGCCUUUCGGAACAAUACACGAACCUUGUACAACACGGGAGGACCGGGAUACACUCUCAACAAGGCGGCGUUGAAGCUCCUCGUGACGGAAGGACUGCCCGUCAUGCACAGUCAGCUACGAACCUCUGCCGAGGAUUUGCGAGUAGCCGAGGUUUUCCGACGAUUCCGCGUCUUGCCGUACCCGACACACGAUCGCGACGGAGGUGAGCGGUAUCACCACUUUACUCCGGGUUUGCAUCAGCUAUCGGCCAUGCCCGAACAAUAUAAAUGGCUGGCAAUAUGCUAA